UUGAAUAAUUACAUUUCGAUUGAAUAUUCAUGAAUUGAAAGUGUUUCAUUAUGAUUUGUUUGAAGAAAAUUCUUUAUAUUUUUAUUAUUGGCACAGCGCUGUUGAAUGAAGGCGGCACCUACGUUCUUGUUCAAGUAAGGAAGGGCGACAACAAACCAAACGGCGACACUCUCAUACAUAAAGUUGUACCAUCCGACAAAUUCGAUGAAAUCGCAGACACGGCGCGAAAACAGUUUAAAAACUUCAAGCAAUUUAAAAUAAAAAGUAAACCAAACCACAGGGAACUUGAAAGUAUUGUCUUUGCCAUAAAAACAGAGGAUUAUGCAAAUGGCGACCGGCGUAAAGAUGGCGACGAUACAGAAAUAGCGGGAAAUGUAGUUUCGGGAUUGCUGAAUAAAGUUAUGGGACUAUUUGAGAAGCCGGAUGACAAUGAUUUACCGAAUUACAGAGCGAAAUUGAAAAAAUACAAUAUAAAACCAGAAGUCGUUCAAUUCAAGAACAAUAACGGUAAACUAUCAAUGAUGUACGAAAUCGAUACAAAAUCAAUUUUACGUACAAUCAAAGAAGUCCUUUCUUCGAAAAUUUUAAAAAUGUACACAGAUAACUUAGUAAAUAAAGCUGCUGUUAUAUAUCGCACUUUCAAAGAAGAAGUGGACCAAGAAUAAUUGAAUUAAAUUUAAUUAAAUCUUAAAUCAUUUUAUUUUAAAAACA